AUGGAAAACGGCACUUGUCCGCCGGACUUGCGUUACGACGCAAAAGCGAACAUUUUUCCAGACGAGGACUUCAAGUCCGACAUUAAAGCCAUCCGAAAGGAGGCUGAGCAGAAAUUUUUAGGAGCGCUCACUAGGUUUCACAACCGUCGCAUCGACCGCAAUCAGGCACAAUUGCGAAAAGCCACAACUUGUAAUAAGAAUACAUUAGUCAAAGCAGGCAAAAGUCAAUCUGACUCAUGUAACAUUCCAGAAAGUUUAAAAGCUAUAACAGCUAACCUAGAGAAACGCCUUGAAGAAGUAAAUGCAAUGCUGUACGACCUUAAAGAGGCAAACAAUAAAACUGUUGAAACUUAUACUUGUGUGGUCUCUGACUCAGGGUCUAGUAAUAAGAAGGACUACGGGAUUAGAAAGCGCAAAUUUAAGAACAAAAAACACACAGAAAGACGAAAGAAAACCCGCAAAGAUAUUAGAGCUAUGAGAACAGAAUCCAAU